AAUAGCAGAGAAGCAUACAUCAAAACAAUUUUAAAUAGUUAACUAAAAUUUAUUAUUUUCAUAGAGUGCAAAUUGAUAAUUCAAAGAGAUGGAGAAGAGUAAAACGCUGUUGGAGAAAUAUCAAAUACCAAUAAAUCAUCUGGAUUUUGCGUACGUGGAAAAAUGCCAAAAUGCACGCGAAAUGGAAAAGAUUGUAAUGAUUUUACGUUCCGGUGAAGAAGGUUAUUUUCCUGACUUGACACGCUGUGCCGAGGAGAAAUUAAAGCAGCUGAAGCCAGACAGUAAAUUGUUUCGCAUCGAGGAGCAAAUACGUUCCAGUAAUAUGCUGGACAAACAGGAACUCAAGCCCAUAUAUGACUGGACAAAUGACAUCAAGAACAAGGACAGCGCGUUGAAUGAGCUCAAGGAGGAAUCGGCUGAAUUGGCAACGGAUCUGCCACCCGUGCGAAAGCCAUGCAAAAUAGAAAUUGACAAGGAGGAGAGUGAGACCCAAAAUUCUGGACCAGUGCCUAAGCCGAACGCAAAGCCACAGUUGAAAUCAACAAAUGAAGAGCGCAUCAAAUCUACGGAUUACAAUAAAUGGGACAAGUACGAUCCAGAUGAGGAAAUCUUGCGCAUGGAUUUGGAAGAGGAACGUUCGAAAGAGCAUGCAAAAAUAAAAUUACGAAAAACUGAGACAACAACAAAAGAGGAGCACAUUAAAAUUUGUGAAAAAGGCGCCGACGAGCAGCGCCUGCAGGCUCAGCUCAAGAAACUAAGUCAAAUCGAGCGCGAGCAAUAUGCCGAGAAAUAUCGUCUGCGGGGCAACGAGUACUUUAAGGCCAAGGAGUAUGACAAUGCCAUUGAGGAGUAUACACUAGCUAUAGUUUACGAUCCGGCACGAGCUGCACGCGCCUACAACAAUCGCGCCGUAUCGUACUUAAAGAAGAAAAACUAUUUGCCAGCUAUAGAUGAUUGCGAAGCCUGCCUCCGGCUCGAGCCCGACAAUGUGAAGGCACUUCUACGUUUGGCCGAUGCCAACUAUGGCCAGGGACGUCGUCGCGAGUCCUAUGGCUUUUAUCAACGCGUACUUGCUCUGGAGCCCAAUAAUAUAAGUGCUAAAAAGGCGCUUGACGAAUUGCGUCAACAGUUGGGCGAACUGGCUCCUGCACAUGCUACACGUAUGAUCAUUGAGGAACUGCAAUCGGAGAAAGCCGCAGCUGACAAUAAGCCCAAGACACAGGCAAAGCCACAGCCAAAGCAAGUGCAGUCGGAGAAGCCGCCCAAGGAUUAUGAUCUGGCCGAGCUGGUCAAGCCAAAUCGGGUCAUUAAAAGCAAAAUAGCUUGUGCUGCCGAAGCACUAGGAGGCACACUGAAAACCAGAAAUCCCGUUGCCAGCGCCCAAAAGGAGCAGCUGCAGCAGAUGAUGCAAGGGGUGUCCACAGCGCAGGCGGAGCUGCGUCUGCCGCAGAGUAACAAGAGUGGCAACAACAACAAGCUCUUAAUACAGGAAAUACUAUGAUAUAAGAAUAAACAUAUGAUAUU